UUCUCUUUCAGUGUUUAAAAAAAGAAAAUGAAUACUGCCUCAGCUUCAGAGAGUGGAUCGUAUUCCACAAACCACACAAGACCCUUUUUUUAUGUACAACAAGCAGCACAACAGCCUUUUCCAAGUACAUGGUACCUCAGUCAUCCAUAUGGUCCAUACUGUAUACCUGCUCCAGGCUUCCGAAGUGGACAUCCCUAUUUUCCAUUUUAUUCUGUUGCACUCCAUGAGUACCCUGGAUUUCUUGUUCCACAGCAACCAGUACAUGCAAGAGUUAACAGAAGGCCUUAUUUUAAUGCUCCCCAACCUUCCCCUAUGUUUUAUCAUGCAACAAGAUUUAGACACUAUAGUACCCCUGGGAAAAAGAUGGAAACAAAAGAAACACAGACUGAUCCUAGACAGCCUGAAAACAAGCAAAAGAAGCAUCAGGAUAUCCGUAUGGAAACGAAAGGUUGUGAUGCAGGAAAUGCUGCCUGUGUUUCUUCUGGCAUAGGUACAGAGACUGAAAGUACUUCAGAGAAACAAGAUUCAUCUGGAUCUUCCAUUGUGGUAGACAGGGAGUUUCAUAACAAGAGCCCUUCCAGCUCUACACAGUAUAGAAGUCUUCCUACUGGAAGCUAUGCCUUUGAGAAGGAAGAAGUGAGGAUAGAAUAUGGAAAUGGCUCUCCAGCUAUUCAACUGUGGAAGUCCUUUAAAGAAACUAUCCCUUUGUAUGAUGUGGCAAGUGGUAAAGCAGUCCCAGAGAAUAUAGUGCAGCGUGACUUAUUUUCUGUUAGCUCAUGUGAAGGAAUGAUGUAUAGCACUCCUGAAGGGGAGAAAAUGGUAACAGGAGCUUCCUUAGAUGAGAAAAAAUCUGUUCUCCCCUCUAAACAGGGUGUUGAAACUGUGCAAGAAAAAGAGGUCCAAAAUAAUGAGGAGAAGCUGGAUGCAGAAAAGCAAGUGAAUGCAAGUCAAGGGGCAAAAUCCCCCCCAGGUGAACCCAUGGCAGUGCAAGUCACAGAGCUGUCAAGGUCUGUUAGCAUAGAUCAACCAGUGGUAAGACAGGAUGUGGUAGUAGCUAAGAAACUGAGCUCUAAAAAACCUACUGGCUCAAAAACUUCUCAAGAAGAGCCCAGCUUUAUUCAACAAGCAGGACUGCUUCCAUCUAGCAUGGAGGUUAUGAGUGACUUGAGUUUCCAGCAGAAAAAGCUGAACCGAAGCCACAAUGUGACCAGUGAAAGUCAAACUGAUAGGAGUGUUUGGUGUGACGAAUCCAUGGAGAAGUACGUUCCUUCUAGCAGCUGGCUGGCUUGUGUGGACGCUAUGGACACCAACUACACCUAUGAUAUUUGUCUGCCACAAAGGAAGCGUCAAAGUGUACUCAGUCUUUCUUCUGAUGACGUGUCCUCUAGAGAGGAAGGCUCAUCAAUUGACAAUGCCCCAGUGUCUUAUUUUGUCCCCGACUAUGUGCUUCACAAAAGCAUGUAUGCUUUCCAGAAGAGUACAGAGGGCUUGGAGAAAGAGAAAAUUAAAAGUGCCGGGUCCCUUAAUGAAGAUGAAGUGGUAGGAAGGGAGCAGAUUAAUAGCUUGCAUGACCAAGAUGUCAAAAGCUCUUCAACCAUGAAGAUUAAAGAGGCUUCCAGUAAAGGCAGAAAGUUGGGAAACCUUCCUAGAUCUUCUAGUCGGAUGAAACUCAAUUCUCUCAGGACAAAAGCAGCUAAGAGUUUGUCAGAAGUUGAGGACUCUGAAGAAUACUCUGUGAGGGGAGAAGAAGAUGAUGAAGAGGGAGAGGAAGAGGAGGAUGAGUAUGAUGACUAUGACAUGGAUGAAGUGGAAUAUUUUAAUCAGGAAGCUACUCCAUAUGAAAUCUUGAUGCCUAGUACAGGAAGCUUCUACCAAGUUGGCCAGAGGGUGCUUUGGAAACCACCUAGACAUGCUAUACCAGCUCACUUAAUCAGCUGGCCUGCUCAAGAGAUGGUAAAAACUAGGAAUGGGCUUGGUGACAACACUGGUGUAGUUUACAAGCCAAAGGAGAGAGAACAAGAUGGUGCAUGCAGUGACUAUGGGUAUUAUGGAAGAAAGAUGCCUACAGCAAGAAGAGGAGGACUUGAACACCAGCGAGCACUACGGAAAUUCUUGGGAGGAAGGCUGUUCAGGGAGAACAUGGGGAUACCACCUGAAGAGUACUGGAUUAGAAGUGGUGCUAAACCCAAACUUACCAGCCAAAUACCUGGUAGUCUCUUACCCACAGCCAGGAGCAAAGAACAAGGGUACCCACCUUUGCCUAAACUGAAGAAGAAAAGAAUAAGCAAGCCACCUUCAAAACGCAGAGACACAAGAUGUGAGGUGGAAGAAGCAUGGGAGAUGCCUAAAAGCAGUGUCCACAAAGGUUGGUAUACAGUGACAAGCUACAACAAUGGCUGCUGUGAGAUUUUUCUUCAUUACUGUCUAAUAAUUAAUGGUUUUGUUUGA